UUGGGUAACUAAGUCAUUCUGCAGCUAGUGGGUCAGCACAUUUUCUCAAAAUGUCGCGGGGUACAAGUGCUGGUUACGAUAGAGUUAUUACUGUUUUUUCUCCAGAGGGACGUCUGUAUCAAGUUGAAUAUGCAUUUAAAGCCAUCAACCAAGGUGCAACCACAUCUGUUGCAGUCCGUGGAACUGAUUGUGCUGUUGUCGUAACACAAAAGAAGAUACCAGACAAAUUAUUAGAUUCUAAUACGAUGACGCAUAUGUUUAAAUUAAGUGAAAAAGUUGGGUGCGUCAUGACUGGAAUGAUGGGUGAUUGCAGAUACCAAGUACAACGAGCAAGAAUGAUUGCGGCUAAAUGGAAAUAUAGAUUUGGUUACGAGAUCUCCACCGAUAUGCUUUGCCGCAAAAUAGCUGACAUUUCACAAGUUUAUACGCAAAAUGCAGAAAUGAGACCUUUGGGUUGCUGUAUGAUAUUAAUUGGCAUAGAUGAGGAAGGUAAUCCGCAAUUAUAUAAAACUGAUCCUGCUGGUUAUUUCUGUGGCUUCAAGGCUGCGAGUGCUGGUGUGAAACAAAACGAAGCCAAUAGUUACCUUGAAAAGAAAUUAAAGAAGAAGCAAGCGUAUACUUACAAAGAAGCUGUAGAGAUGGCGAUCAGUUGUCUGAUGUCUGUUCUUUCUGUGGAUUUCAAACCAUCUGAAAUUGAAGUUGCUGUUACAACAGUCGAUCGUCCGUCUUUUACGGUCCUGACGGAAGCUGAAAUAGAUGAACAUCUGACAUCGAUCGCUGAGAGAGAUUAAGACAUAGCUUGUGUGUAAGCGAAGACGUGCCUAUGUAGACUGUCAUUUAUAUAUAAAUAAACUUUCUGUUAACAA